UUCACUAGGUCCGAAGUCCGAACCGACCCUGACUCGAGACUGAGUGGAGUUCCAGACGAUCAUUUUGAUAUUCUCCCUCCUCAUUAACAUGGCGUUUUGAUCGCCUUCUUACUUUUCCUUCUGUUACUUCGUCCUCUGUUUUGUUUUGUGGUGAUCAAAUUAGAGGAGAGGGAUGAGGAAGAGAGACCUGGGAAUUUUGUUAUUGGCCGCCUUCGCCAUAUUCUUCUCUCUUCAGCAUGAGGGUGAUUUUUCAUUUAGAGAAGCAUGGUACCAUUUAUCCGAUGAUUAUCCUAUUAAAUAUGAAGCUGAGCGCCUGCCACCACCCAUUGUGGCUGACCUUAAUGGUGAUGGAAGAGCUGAAGUUCUUGUUGCAACCCAUGAUGCUAAAAUUCAGGUUCUAGAGCCCCAUGCCAGACGAGUAGAUGAGGGAUUUAGUGAGGCUCGUUUGCUGGCAGAGGUCUCCCUUUUACCUGAUAAAGUCCGCAUUUCAUCUGGUAGACGACCUGUCGCUAUGGCUACAGGUUUUGUUGAUCGUUCAUAUAAGCAUGGAGAAAUUAGGAAGCAGGUUUUGGUUGUUGUCACAUCUGGUUGGUCAGUGAUGUGUUUCGAUCACAACCUAAAGAAGCUUUGGGAAGCUAACCUGCAGGACGACAUUCCACAUGGUGCUCACAUUAGGGAGAUAGCUAUUUCUAUAAGUAACUACACACUUAAGCAUGGAGAUGCUGGAUUAGUGAUUGUUGGGGGGAGGAUGGACAUGCAACCACAUCUUUAUUUGGAUCCAUUUGAAGAAGUAAUGGAGGCAGAAAAAAAUUCUGAGCAACAUCGAAGAAGUGCUGAGGAGAAAGAGGUCUCUGAGAAAUCUGGGACUGCGGACUUACGUCAUUUUUCAUUUUAUGCAUUUGCGGGUCGUUCGGGGAAACGACAUUGGAGUAAAAAAAGUGAGGAUGUGCAGCCUCAUUCAACAGAUGCAACCCAUUUCAUUCCACAACACAACUACAAGCUCGAUGCCCAUUCUCUUAAUAGCCGUCGUCCUGGUGAGAUGGAAUGCAGGGAGUUUAGAGAAUCUAUACUUGGAGUGAUGCCUCACCGCUGGGAAAGGAGGGAGGAUACCUCUUUUAAGUUGGCACACUUCAGAAAGCACAAAAGAAAAUUAGUGAAAAAAAUGCCGGGGAAAGGUACAAGUAAUCCUUUUCAAAUGCCUGAGGAAAACCAUGCUCCAGGGAAGGACUCAAGCAAUAAGAUUUCACGAGCGAUUGGGAAAGCUGCGGAUUAUGCUACUUCAAAGAAAGGCAAGAAGAAUUUGCCAUAUGUGCCCACAAUAACAAACCAUACUCAGCUCUGGUGGGUCCCAAAUGUGAUUGUAGCCCAUCAAAAGGAAGGGAUUGAGGCUGUUCAUAUUGCAUCAGGGCGCACUGUUUGUAAGCUUCAUCUACAUGAAGGAGGUCUACAUGCUGAUAUCAAUGGUGAUGGAGUUCUAGAUCAUGUUCAGGUUGUUGGAGGAAAUGGAGCUGAGCAGAAUGUUGUAAGUGGAUCCAUGGAAGUCUUAAGACCCUGUUUGGCAGUCGCAACCUCUGGUGUCCCAGUUCGAGAACAACUCUUCAAUGUUUCUAUAUGUCACAGGGGCCCAUUCAACUUCUUUCACCAUGGAGAGUUCUCACGAAGCUUUGGGCGAUCUGCUGACACCGGUCCCUUAGAGGUUGCGGCACCAAUUCUUAUUCGCAGGGACGAUGGCCAUAGACACCGUAAAGGAAGUCAUGGUGAUGUUGUCUUUCUAACAAGUCGAGGAGAGGUGACAUCUUACACCCCUGGCUUGCAUGGCCAUGAUGCCACAUGGAGAUGGCAGCUCUUGACUGGUGCUUCGUGGUCCAACCUCCCAUCACCAUCUGGCAUGAUGGAUGAGGCUAAGGUGGUGCCCACUUUAAAGACCUUUCCCCUCCGCACCCAUGGAACCGAAGAAGUAAUCCUUGUGGCUGGAGAACAAGAAGCCGUAGUCAUAUCCCCUGGUGGAAGCCAGUGGGCAUCAAUCGAUCUCCCUUCACCACCCUCUCAUGCGCUAGUUUUUUAUGAUUUCUCCAAUGAUGGCCUCACUGAUAUCAUCCUUGUAAGCCCAAAUGGAGUGUAUGGGUUUGUUCAGACCCGGCAACCUGGGGCCCUCUUCUUUAGCACAUUGGUGGGUUGCUUAAUAGUGUUGAUAGGCGUCUUCCUUGUUACUCAGCACCUGAAUUCUCCCAAGGCAAAGCCCCGUGUGUCUUCUGACUACCGGUGAAGGUGAGUAUUCCUCUUUUGGGAUGUAAAGUUUUAUCUUGUCUGGUCGGCUCUGGACCAAAGGUUGAUGAAUGGUAAAGUAACAAAAUGCUAGUUAGCACUAGACCAAAGGUUGAUGAAUGGUCAAGUAAAGAAUAGCUGAGGAAAAGUAUGAUGGUAAACUCUAGGUUAAUGCUUGGAGUUGGAGAGACAUAGCAGUUUUGGGACCUUCAUUGCAUAGAUGACAUCAGGUAGUAUCAUCAUGGCUAUGGCAUUAAGAUUGAGCGUAUACAAAUUGUAACUGUGUUGCUAAUUUUAUAUAAACCAUUUAAGGUUGCUAUA